CUUUUGGGGUUUUUCACUGUUCUUCGUGGUAAUGCGAUCGAUCGCUCCAAAUCCACCCGACAUUGAGGAUCUGGACGGGCGCUGCUUCCACGAGCACGAGGUGACGAGCAUCAGGAGGGAUUUGCUGGAUUGGUACGAUAGAAACAAGCGCGAUCUUCCAUGGCGGCCGGAUGAUUUUGUGGGAGAGAAUGUGGAGGAGAGAGCUUACUCUGUGUGGGUCUCGGAGAUGAUGCUCCAGCAAACGACGGUAGGAAGAGUGAAAGAUUAUUUUCCCAGAUGGAUGAGCAAGUGGCCGAGCUUGAGCCAUCUCUCGCAAGCUUCUCAAGAGGAAGUAAACUCACUAUGGGCUGGACUUGGCUAUUACAGACGCGCGAGGUUCCUUCUCGAGGGAGCGAAGCACAUCGUGGAAAAUUCCGGGGGCAUUUUCCCUCGAGAUGCAGCUGAGCUGCGGCAAAUCCCUGGCAUUGGAAACUACACAGCCGGUGCUAUUGCUUCCAUUGCAUUCAAGCAGCCGGUGCCCGCAGUGGAUGUGAAUGUCAUCCGUGUGAUCUCUCGGCUACGAGCUAUCUCAGAUGCAACACGAGAGUCCAAACUUUUAUGGAAACUAGCGGGAGAGAUUGUAGACUUGGAAAGGCCCGGAAGUUUCAACCAAGCGCUCAUGGAUCUUGGCUCCGCGGUGUGCAAGACAAAGGCUCCUUUGUGCUCGGGGUGUCCCAUAGCCGGCUCUUGCAAGGCUUUUCUUCUUCAAAAGCAGUCAGCUGACAAGGAAGUGGCCGUGAGCGUCACAGAUUUCCCAGCCAAGUCCAUCAAAGCGGCACCGCGAGAAGAGUUUACUGCCGUGUGCGUCGUGGAACUUCUUCCACUUGGAGACGAUGGCUCGUUGUUCCUCCUCGUACAAAGGCCCGAGAAUGGUUUGCUUGCCGGACUGUGGGAGUUUCCGGCCGUGUUGCUUAAAGAUCCAAAGACCUCCGCCAAGACGAGAAGAACAAGCGUCAACAAGUACCUGCGAAGCUCUCUCGGCUUAAGCCUGGACAAGUCCAGUGUCAAGACUCGCGAAGAAGUUGGAAGCUACAGACAUGUCUUCUCGCACAUCCGGCUCAAUAUGUUCGUGGAAUGGUUACAAAUCUCCUCCACCGACGAUAACGCUGCUAUGGAGGCCAAAACACUUCCAAGAACACAAUGGGUGAAGUACUCGGCUCUGGAGAAAAUGGGACUCACUAGUGGCGUGAAAAAGGUUUUCUCGAUGGUUUCUAAACACCGUGACAAGAGACAAGGAUCCAAGAGAAAAACUCCAUAGAGGGAGGGUACCUUAAGC